CUCCAUGUCACAAAGCUUUCAAGGUGAUGUCAUCAAAUCACCGCAUGCCACAGAAAGGCAUCAUGGAGAACAUGCCAGGCUAAGUUUAGUGCAUGCUGUCCAAGAUCCAGUCCAACUUGGUGGCCCGGCCACCAUGGAAGAGAAGCCAAACAAUGGACAGAAAUGUAACCUGAGUAUGCUGACGGAUGAUGACCUUAAGGCCGCAUUACUUGCGUACGGGGUCACAAUUGGGCCAAUAGUGGGCUCCACCAGGGCCGUGUAUGAGAGGAAGCUGAGGAGGCUGCAGGCGAAAUGGGGCACUUUGAACGGAGAGGAGAAAGUUCAUCACCACGAGUGGGAAGACGAAAGCAGUGAUGACAGUGACUCGGGAUCAAGCCUGGAAGAAGAACCGAUGGAAGAAUACACUGAGGUGGGAGAUAGUUUGACAUUUAUCAUGUAG